ACUCUUCUCCCACUGUCGGUGUCAGCGUGGAGAUGUGGAGAGUCCUUCUGUGCUUCUGUGUUCUUCUCAGACACAAUUCAUCUGAGGAAGUGAUGCUGCUGGACACGACAGAAUCUACCUCAGAACUGGGCUGGAUCACAUACCCGGACACGGGGUGGGACGAAGUCAGCGUCCUGGACGACCGGGGGAGGCUGAUCCGCACGUUCGAGGUGUGCAACGUCAACCAGAAUUCCCGCGUCAGAGACAACUGGCUGGCCACGCCCUUCCUCUACCGCCACGCCGCCCCGCGGGUUUUCGUCACGCUGCGCUUCUCGGUGCGGGACUGCGCCAGCCUGCGGAGCCCCUCGCCCACCUGCAGGGAGACGCUCACCUUGUUCUACAGGCAGGCCGACAGCCAGCGGGAACUGGAGAGGACCUGGGCGGCCGAGCCGUCCGGCGGCGAGAAGGUGACCAGGGAGGGCUGGGUGAAGAUCGACACCAUCGCCGCCGACAAGAGCUUUUCCAAGGUGGAGCCGAGCUCGCCACACCAGUACCAGGACAAGCGAUACAGUCGCGUCAACGUCAAGACGCGCAGCUUCGCCCCGCUCACACGCAACGGAUUCGUCCUGGCGGUGGUGGACAGCGGCGCCUGCGUUUCCCUCAUAGGGGUGUCGGUCUUUUACCGCCGCUGUCCCGCCACCAACCUCCACUUGGCGUCCUACCCGGCCACGCCGUCAGGGGUGGAAACCACGUCCCUGGUGGCCGUGAACGGCACGUGCGUGACCCACAGCCAGGCCGCGGCGGGCGGCAAGCCUCGCAUGCACUGCAACGCGGAAGGCGAGUGGAUGGUGGCGGUCGGCGGCUGCGUCUGCGACGGCGGCUACCAACCCAACGACAACGGCUCCGCUUGCUUGGCGUGCCCAGUGGGUUACUUCAAGACCGCUUCUGGUUCCGGGCCCUGCUCCGCGUGUCCCUCCAACAGCCGGACCAGCAGCGAGGGCUCCAGCGCGUGCGAGUGUCGCAGCAGCUUUUACCGCGCGGCCGGCGACGCCAACUCCUCCGCUUGCACGAGUCCUCCCUCCGCCCCAGCGUCGCUGUCCUGGGAGUAUGAGAGUGGCAACGGCGGGGUAUCCUUGAGGUGGCGCCCUCCGCUGGACAUGGGGGGCCGUGGCGAGGUGUGGUACGGGGUGGUGUGUCGCAUCUGCCCCUCCGCCGCCGUUACCAACCCGGCGUCCUGCUCCUGGUGCGGCGAGGGCGUCACCUUCAGCCCCACCCAGACCGGCCUGAAGCAGACCAGCGUGACCCUCAACAACCUGCUGACCAGGGUCACAUACCUCAUACAGGUCCAAGCCAUGAAUGAGGUGUCCUCCCUCAGCCCUUUCCCCGCCCGCUACACAAGCAUCAACUUUACCACGAGCCAAUCAGUUCCCAGUACGGUCCCCAUGAUGCACCAGCUGAGCCGUGCGUCAGACUCCAUCACCUUGUCCUGGCCUCAGCCCGACCGACCCAACGGGGACAUCUUGGAGUACCAACUGAGAUAUUUUGACAAGGGCUCGGAUGUGGACAUUGCGGUCAGCGUGUACAGCGAGACCAACACGUUGGCCGUCAACUCGCUCAUCCCCGGAUCCAUCUACGCCUUCCAGAUACGAGCGAGGAAUGAGCGAGGCUACGGUCCUUACAGCAACACCAUAUACUUCACCACGCUGCCACUUGAGGAGCAUUCCCAGCAGGUCCAGAACCAUCUACCUCUUCUGAUAGGAUCUGUGAUGGGCGGGGCGGCGUUUCUGCUGGUGGUAGCGGCCAUCGUGGUCGUGGUGGUGUUUCGCAGUAAAAGGAGGGAGAGUCCGUACAGCGACAGAUUGCAACGGUACAUCAGCAACAGAGGUGGAGUGAAAUAUUAUGUAGACCCCUCCACGUACGAGGACCCUAGCGAGGCGGUCAAAGAAUUUGCCAGAGAGAUAGAUUCUACUCAUCUGAAGAUCGAGGAGGUGAUUGGUGCAGCCCAGUUUGGAGAAGUGUCCCGGGGACGCUAUCGUCCACCAGGCCGCAGGGAGGUCCUGGUUGCCGUCAAGACUUUGCGCUGGGGGGCGUCCGACAGAGAGAAGGGCAUAUUCCUUAGUGAGGCCGGGGUCCUGGGACAGUUUGAUCACCCUAACGUGCUGAAGCUGGAGGGCGUGGUGACCCGCGUACCUCCGCCAAGAAUCAUCACAGAGUUCAUGGAGAACGGUCCUUUGGAUUCCUUCCUCAGGGAGAACGAGGGUCAGUUCAGCAUCCUCCAGCUGGUCGGGAUGCUCCGAGGGGUCGGCGCUGGGAUGCGUUAUCUCUCAGAGAGAAACUUUGUCCACAGGGACUUGGCGGCCAGGAACGUUCUGGUCAACUCCAACCUGGUGUGCAAGGUGUCCGACUUUGGCUUGUCCCGACUCAUGAGGGGCCUGGACCAAAACAUGCCGACGUACACAGCCUCGCUGGGAAGUAAGAUUCCUGUGAGGUGGACAGCACCUGAAGCCUUUCAACACCGCAAGUUCAGCUCAGCCAGCGACGUGUGGAGCUUCGGCAUCCUGAUGUGGGAAAUCAUGUCGUACGGAGAACGUCCAUACUGGGACAUGAGUAAUCAGGAAGUAAUGAAGGCUGUAGCGGACCAGUAUCGCCUCCCGGCGCCCACCAGCUGCCCCUCAGCCGUCCACUCUCUCAUGCUGCAGUGCUGGCAGGCCGAGCGAGGGGACCGGCCGCUUUUCGAGUCCAUCCUGUCCUCCUUGGACAGACUCAUUAGGCAUCCCGUGUCACUCAAAGCCGACAUCCCUCGGGGUUGCUCACAGCCACUGCUAAGCCCCACCCCCACAGACUUCUCGUCAGUCGCGACCGUCAGUGAUUGGCUGAGAGCACUGAGGAUGGAGAGGUACCAUGAUGAGUUUGAGCGAGCACACCUGGACACGCUCGACCGAGUGACCCGCCUCACCGUGGAGGACAUCCAGAACCUGGGCGUGAACCUGCUGGGCCACCAGAGGAAGAUCUUCAGCGCCGCCCAGCAGCUGAAAGCACAUCUCAGCCAUGGACAGGUGGAGGUGUGACCACCCCUCCCCUUGUCCCGCCCCACCCCCCCCACCCACCACCACGGAGACAAUCUGCUGAUGUCAGCACAAAAAGACUUGUAGAAGACAAGAUGCACUAUGAGGAGGAGAACUUCUUUCACACUCUCCUCCUUUCUCCAACAUCCCUUCACUUCCUCCAUACACAUUCUUUUUUUUCUUCUUUUUUUUUUACUAAUGACACCGUUCAUUUUGUGUCAUAAAGUGAUGGAAGUACAAGCUGGAACGUGAUGAAGUCAUAAGAAUCAGCAUAUCAGGGCCUCCUUCUCACUUGUAGGGACAUUUUGUAUGAGCAGCACACACACUUGUGUGUACACAAGUCACACACACACACACACACUUCACUUUGUUUACUUUGUGUGAGUGUGUGACACGACAAAACAGUUAUGGUGUGUGUUUGUGCGUGUGUGUGUGUGUGUGUGUGUGUGUGUGUGUGUGUGUGUGUGUGUGUGUGUGUGUGUGUGUGUGUGUGUGUGUGUGUGUGUUCUUGUAUUUCCCCCCUUCUUGAGACAUGAAGAAGGAAAAGUAUCUUCCAUAUGAGGAGGUGUGAACAAGUGAUGACAUAAAUCAUGGUCCCAAUAACAUUGCAUCUAAUAGAGAAUGUCUCAUUGGCACCCCUGGUGGUGACAUCUAUCAACAUGAGGGUGGUCCCAAAAAGGAGGGAUUUCUUUUCAAAUUGACUGUGUGUCGCUUUUAAAAGUGGUCAACAUAUGAAAUAACAAGUGUGUGUAAGACAUUGAAAUCCGUCCCCUUUGGCCAAUAUUAAUUAAAAAAAUAAAUAAAUAUGUAUAUAGAGACAAACUGUUAUACCUUGAAGUAAAUAAUGAAGAUUAAAACCAAUUACGAAACAAAAAAUUAAAAAACUUUUUUUUUUUUUUUACUAAAAGCAGUCUUUUUCUCACAAUGUGACAACUUUUUUCUCCAAAAUUUAGGAGCAAUUUGUCAUAUUCUUUCUGUUUCUGUAAUAUCACAAUAUUUUCUCGUAAAAUUAUAACUUUUUUAUGUAAAAUUAUGUUUUUUUUAAUGCAAAAUGGUGACAUUUGUCAUAUAAAAUUCGGACUUUUAUCGCAAUAUUGCCAAUGUUUAUGUAGUUCCUGUAAAAUAGUGAAUUUUUUUUUGGUAAAAUGAUGACUUUUGUCAUCAUUUUGCCAAGUAAAAUUCCAAUCUUUAUUAUAUUAUUGCCAACAUUUUUAAGUUUUCUUAUAGAAUUUUGACUUCUGUCUAUUAAAAUUACGACUCUUUUCAUAAAAUUGCCAACAUAUGAAGCUUUUCUUGUAAAAUUGCGACUGUUAUUGAGUAAAAUUCCAACUUUUAUCAUAAUAUUGCACAAAUGUUCAGUUCAGGAGGGAUUUUUCAAAUUGACUGUGUGUCGCUUUUAAAAGUGCUCCCCCUCUGGUCAACAUAUGAAAUAACAAGUGUGUGUAAGAAAUUGAAAUGCACCCCCUUUGGCCAAAAUGUAUAAAAAUAAAAUAAAAUAAAUAUGUAUAUAGAGACAUACUGUAAUACCUUGAAGUAAAUAAUGAAGAUUAAAACCAAUUACGAAACAAAAAAUUACAAAACAUUUUUUUUUUACUAAAAGCAGUCUUUUUCUCACAAUGUGUCAACUUUUUUCUCCUAAAAUUAGGAGCAAUUUUUCAUAUUAUUUCUGUUUCUGUAAUAUCGCAAUAUUUUCUCGUAAAAUUAUAACUUUUUUGUGUAAAAUUAUGUUGUUGUUUUAUGCAAAAUGGUGACAUUUGUCAUAUAAAAUUCGGACUUUUAUCACAAUAUUGCCAAUGUGUUUGUUGUUCUUGUAAAACACUGACAUUUUUUGAGUAAAAUUCCAAUCAUUCUUAUAAUAUCGCCAACUUUUUUUUACAUUUUCUUAUAAAAUUGUGACUUUUGUCGAUUAAAAUUACAACUCUUUUCAUAAAGCUGACACUAUUUUAAGCUUUUCUUGUAAAAUUGCGACUGUUAUUGAGUAAAAUUCCAAGUUUUAUCAUCAUAUUGCACAAAUGUUCAGUUCAGGAGGGAUUUUUCAAAUUGACCGUGUGUCGCUUUUAAAAGUGCUCCCCCUCUGGUCAACAUAUGAAAUAACAAGUGUGUGUAAGAAAUUGAAAUCCGUCCCCUUUGGCCAAAAUUAAUUUAAAAAAUAAAUAAAUAAAUAUGUAUAUAGAGACAUACUGUAAUACCUUGAAGUAAAUAAUGAAGAUUAAAAAACAAUUACGAAACAAACAUAUUUUUUUACUAAAACAGUCUUUUUCUCACAA